AUGUCCCCAUUUCUCUCCUCAUCGGUGCCUCUGUCUGCAUUGGCCCUGUUCGCUAUCAGCAGCACCGCCAUCCCCACUCCCAGUCCCGUCAACCCAGCAGCACCCACCGGCUUAACCUUCCCCUCAGGUUUCGACAUCGUUUCAUCCUGGGCAAACCUCGCGCCCUGGAGCGAAGUCCCCUCCUUCAAUAACAUUUCCAAAGGCGUCCCUCGCGGUUGCGAGCUCUCUCAAGCCCACGUCCUCCACCGGCACGCGCAACGCUACCCGACCAGUUUCAAGCUCGACGGGGGCGGCAUUGACGCGUUCAACGAGAAAUUAUCCAAUUAUAGCCGUGCGCACAACACCACGGAGAUCGCAUCCGGUCCGUUGCGCUUCCUGAAUGAUUGGGUUGAUCUCGUCGGGAAGGAUACCUUGUUACCGACGGGCGCCGCGACGGAGGCUUCGUCUGGUGCGAGGAUCUGGUCGCGGUAUGGACGGUUCUUGUACCGCGGUGGUUCCAAUGGACCAGAGCCUGGUGUGGAGAGAUGGAAUAGUUCGUUGAAUGUUUAUCCGAAUGGGACGGAGAGGCCAAAGCCCAUCUUUCGGACCACGACGCAAGGGAGGAUUCUGGAGAGUGCCAGAUGGUGGUUGAGUGGAUUCUUCGAUAACGAAGGCGCCAACAGCUCCUACUCGGAAUAUGAUCUCGUGGUCAUCCCCGAAGGCGACGGAUACAACAACACUUUGGGGUCCGAUCAUUCCUGCGAAAACAGUCCUUCUGGAGGAAACACCGACGGCGCCCACUUCAUAUCCACCUUCACCCAAUCCGCCGUCACGCGCCUAUCCCCCUACAUGCCAGCGGACUUCAACCUCACAGCCUUCGACAUCGCCUCAAUGAUGGUCCUCUGUCCCUACGAAUACGCCACCACAGCCCAACACUCCUCCUUUUGCACCCUCUUCACAGAACAAGAAUGGCUCGAUUACGCCUACGCCAUCGACAUCCAAUUCUACGGCGUGUUCGGCCCAGGCUCACCAACCGGUCGCGCCCAAGGAAUUGGAUAUAUCCUCGAACUCGCGGCUCGACUACAGGGCAAAACCAUCCCCACUAGCGACACGAGUAUAAACGCGACUUGGGACCAGUCAAGUGAAACUUUCCCGCUCAACCAACCGCUAUAUAUGGACAUGUCACAUGAUACGGUGAUCGUGGCGGUGUUGGCGGCGUUGGGAUUGAAGUAUUUCAAUUACGGCCCGCACGGCCUCCCAGCGAAUGUUUCACAUGAGGUGGAACGAACCUUCCACUUGAAUCAGGUUACGCCGUUCGGGGCGAACAUUGUUACCGAGGUUUGGACGUGUCCGUCAGAUGGAGAUGGUGCGUCCUUCGAAACAGAGAACCUCGCCGGCUCGAUGUAUAGGAAUCCGGAUCUUUCUGAGACGGAUCAUACGAAAGAUUUUCUGCGAUUCGUGCUCAAUGGAGCGCCUGUGCCGUUGGAUGGACUGGUGGGGUGUGAGGAUGCGGUGAAUGGGUUUUGUGAUGUGGACGAGUUCCUAGGGGGUGUGGAGGCGUUGAAAGAGGAUGCCGAGUAUCAGUUUGCGUGCUUUGGGGAAUAUGAACUGGAUAAACAGGUUGGGGAUGGGAGGCCGGAGGUUUAG